UAAAAGAAAAUAACACCCAGCCGACAAAAAUAAGAAGCAGCUGGCUGGUGUGGCGGCGGCGGUGGCAGCAAACCGGUUGAAAGUUGCGUCGUGCGAUCAAAACAAAACAAAGCAAAACGAAACAAAACAAAACAAAGCAAAACGAAACGAAACAAAACGAAAACACGGCAGCAAUAAAAAAUUAGCCACGGCAGUGGCAGCGGAAGCCGCAGCUCAGAAGAACGCCCAAGAGCUAUAGCUUGAGCUCAUCCACCUGCAGCGCCAGCGUUUAGUCUCAACUGGCGGCUCAAUAAACACGCACGGCCAACUGCGAACGGCAAGGUGCUCGGAAAAUCCUCACCAUGGGAUCGGUGCCUGCAACCUCGUCGCGUUUGUUGCAAGGACAGCUACACUUGCUCUGCGGCUUCAUUGCCGGCUUUGUCUGCUCCUUUGUACUGCUGCUCUGCGUCUACGAUGUACACAAUCCGCCCUGUUGGCCCAGCUCCACACUGCCGGCAACAGCCGUUACCCUGAAACUGAAUCAACAGAGGCCGAACUUAGCAUUGGGCCUACAGCGCCAGUUGCGUAUUCUCUGCAUGGUUCUGACCUGCCCGGAUUAUAUAGAACGCUACGCCCAGCAUGUUCGUGCAACAUGGGGGCAGCGUUGCACCAAAUUGGUUUUUGUCAGCAGCGAGCACAAUGAGUCGUUGGGCGUGGUGCGGGUGAUAGAACCAGAAGCUGAUGCCUACGACAAUCUGUGGAAUAAGACGCGGGAGGGCUUCCGACAUGUGUAUGAGACAUAUGGCGGGCAGUACGAUUGGUUUAUAAAGGCCGAUGACGAUACAUACGUUAUUAUGGAGAACUUGCGUUACAUGCUCGCUGCCUACGAUCCCAACAUGCCGAUAUAUUUUGGCUAUAAAAUGAAUCGCUAUAAUGUGAGUUACAUGUCCGGCGGUGCUUCGUAUAUUCUCAGUCGCGAGGCCUUGCGUCGCUUCAGAAGGCAGGCAUACGAGUCAAGCAAAAUAUGUCCGGAGGCCAAGAAGAAUGGUAUUGAGGACUUCUAUAUGGGCAUUUGUUUGCAAAAUGUCGGCGUUCAUUUGAUUGAUGCCCGUUAUGCGCUUACUAAUGAUAUAAAGACGAAACUCUUCCCGCUGGAUGUGGCCAAAUAUAUGUACGAUGUGAAUAUAACGAUACCGGAUUGGCUACGCCUAAUGACCGCAACGGAAAUUGAAACGGGUCCUGGCUGCUGUUCCAACUAUUCCAUAGCCUUCCAUUAUACCACCCCAGAGCGCAUGUAUUUGUAUGAGUUUCUGAUCUAUAGACUGCGCGUUUUUGGUGUCGCUCGUCAUUUGGAAGAGGUGCCAAAGCCAUUUACAUGGGCGCAAGUUGAGAAAAUGUUUCCACUUGAACAUAAUACGAUGAUCAGAGACUUGACGCAGAUGCUGGAAAGGCCGGAUAACUUUUAGCAUGUUGCGCAGACUUUUGUAUAUUGUUGUUGAAUUUAGGAAGUAAAUAUUUUGUGAUUUAAACAUAAAUAAAUUAGCAUUCGUGUGAUAUUACAA